AUGCCACUUCAGCGCCGGGCCCCCGCGCGAACAAUGAAGCCCCGAGACAAGAUGGCGGAGAGCCGGGAGCCUGGGAGCCGCCAGCCGGCCAUUGUUGGAGCGGGAAUCGGUGGCACUUCAGCAGCCUAUUACCUGCGGCAGAAAUUUGGGGGAAGUGUGAAGAUUGACCUGUUCGAAAGAGGCGAGGUGGGCGGCCGUUUGGCCACCCUGACAGUGGAGGGCCAAGAAUAUGAGUCUGGCGGUUCAGUCAUCCAUCCUUUGAAUCUGCAUAUGAAGCGGUUUGUUAAAGACCUGGGUCUCUCUGUUGCAAAGGACGAUGAUAGCCUAAUGGGGGUGUAUAAUGGAGAGAAGCUGGUGUUUGAGGAGAGCCGCUGGUUUAUCAUUAACAUGAUUAAACUAGUUUGGCACUAUGGACUUCAGUUCCUCCGAUUGCAUAUGUGGGUAGAGGACAUAUUAGAUAAAUUCAUGAGGAUCUACCGCUACCAGUCUCACGACUAUGCCUUCAGCAGUGUAGAGAAGUUAAUGCACGCGCUGGGAGGAGACGGCUUCCUGCAAAUGCUGAACGGCACCCUUCUUGAAACCCUGGAGAAAGCGGGCUUCUCUGAGAAAUUCCUCAACGAAAUUGUUACUCCUGUCAUGAGGGUUAAUUAUGGACAAAGCCUGAGUAUCAACGGCUUUGUGGGGGCAGUGUCAUUGGCCGGUGUGGAGUCUGGCCUUUGGGCAGUAGAAGGUGGCAAUAAACUUGUUUGCUCGGGGCUCCUUCAGGCUUCCAAAGGCAAUCUUAUACCCGGUUCAGUAAUGUACAUCGUGGAGAAAACAAAGAGCAAGCACACAGGGCGUCCCACUAAGAGGUAUGAAGUGGUCUACCAAACCGGAUCUGAAGUCCACUCAGGCUUCUAUGACAUCGUCUUGGUGGCCACUCCAUUGAACCGAAAAAUGUCCAAUAUAACCUUUCUCAACUUUGAUCCUGCAGUCGAGGAAUUCCACCAGCACUACAAACACAUAGUGACAACUCUAGUUAAGGGAGAACUGAAUACAACGAUCUUUAGCGCCAGAGCCUUAAAUAAAUUUGAUCUCACUGCAGUCCUAACCACUGAUAACCCAGAUUUGUUCAUUAACAGCAUCGGCAUUGUGUCCCCUGUAAGAGAACCGGACACGCCUGAGCCAACUACAGAUGGGACACACGUUUGGAAGAUUUUUUCUGAAGACACUCUUAGUAAAAGGCAAAUCUUAAAGCUCUUUCUGUCCUAUGAUUAUGCGGUGAAAAAGCCAUGGCUCGCAUAUCCUCAGUAUAAGCCUCCGGAGAAAUGCCCCUCCAUCGUCCUCCAUGAUCAUCUCUACUAUCUCAACGGCAUCGAGUGUGCGGCCAGUGCCAUGGAAAUGAGUGCCAUUGGAGCCCACAACGCUGCUCUGCUGGCCUACCACCGCUGGAAUGGGCACACAGACAUGGUUGACCAGGAGGGCUUAUAUGAAAAGCUUAAAACCGAACUGAGAGACUUGUGAGAACCGUGCCAGGGCUGAAGGAAAGCCAGCGCUACAGGAGUGGUCCAACCUGAGCCGGCAUCAGACUCACCUGAAGAGCUGGUUGAACCACUGUUGGACCUUACCCCGAGUUUCAUUCAGUAGGUUUGGAGUGGGACAAAAUUAAAAUGUCCCCAGGUGAUGUUGCUAGUUUAGAAACUGCAUUUACAGAACCACUGCUCUACUGUCAACUUUGUGUGGCUGCAAAAAACGCCAAGUCUAUCAACAUCAAUGAAGAUUAAACAAAAACAAUCCCCGAGAAACUGGGGGGAAAAAAUGCAUCGGACUUCACACUGGUCUUUAUUUUGAACCUUCCAGCUUUUCUGCAAACUCUUCUUUAAAUGGAAAGUACCAUUUGAGACUCCAUUCCCUACAAUUUUUACGAGAUUACAGAAAUAGGCCUACCCAUUUAUUGAAGUUUCCUAAAGAUAUGUUUAUAAAUACAACCAUCUGUAGUAACUCCCCAGUUACCAAUCUGGUGAGCCAUAGAAUGAACUCGGUGAAUAUAUGGUGGGUUGCAUUUUCGCUGUCAUGUCUACAAAGACCACCACGCUGGAAGGUUUUUCUCUGGAAUAAACCCAUUUAAAAUAAAGAACUACAUCAUUAACUGCUUGUGUCUUACUGCUCUUAUACUUCAAAUGUGGAUGUAUUUGGAAGUCAUUAGAAUAGUUACUAAUUCUAAGUUUCUAAAGUUUGAGAAUGUUUCAGAACUUAUGUUUCCGGCUUAUCUUUGUUCAUUGUUUGCAAAGUUCUGGUAAAAUUCUUCCAUGUAAUAAGUGACAAUUGAUUGAAAUAAAAACUUAAAAACA